AGCAUUUGCUUAUGCAAGUCUUGAUGCUUACAGAUUUUGGGAGGACAGUAUUGCGAUGCAUAAAUGCUAAUUUGGGAAGAGGAUGUUCCUGCCUUGAGGCAGGAAGCAAUGUCAUUACCAGCAAAAGCUUUGCAUAAUUUCUACCUUUGCCCUCUCCAGGGUCAGGUCAGCUUGGAUCUCACUGCCUUGCCUGGCAGGAGGAGGAGGAGGCAACCUUUGAACAGCACCCACAGGGCGCUUCAGAAAUCCCGGGGAUUUCUCAUCCUGUCUUUCUUCCAGGAGGGACCCAGGUGGCGCUGUGGUUAAACCACUGAGCCUAGGGCUUGCUGAUCAGAAGGUCGGCGGUUCGAAUCCCUGUGACGGGGUGAGCUCCCGUUGCUUGGUCCCAGCUCCUGCCAACCUAGCAGUUCGAAAGCACGUCAAAAUGCAAGUAGAUAAAUAGGAACCGCUACAGCGGGAAGGUAAACGGCGUUUCCAUGUGCUGCUCUGGUUUGCCAGAAGCGGCUUUGUCAUGCUGGCCACAUGACCUGGAAAUUAUACGCCGGCUCCCUCGGCCAAUAAUGCGAGAUGAGCGCGCAACCCCAGAGUCGGUCACGACUGGACCUAAUGGUCAGGGGUCCCUUUACCUUUACCUUACCUUUCUUCCAGGGGCACCUAAAGGCCACCAGGAGGAGCUGCGCUUGGUCCCUUUGAAAGGAAGGCAGCAGCAACUGCGGAUCCUCAGAGGACUCUUCACCUGCUCAGAGGCACUCCUUCUUUCCUAGAGCUACAGGGUCACCGCCAAAGCUGCUGCAAAUCCUGCCUUGCCAGGGGUUGGGCUGGAUGACCCUUGAGGGUCCCUUCCAACUAGACCGCUUUACGGUUCUACAGCCCACCUGGGGACCAAAGAACAGGCGGCAGAGAGAGACGGUGUACAUUGCAGGACAACAUCUUCUCCUGGACAAGGUCUCUUCCACUUGAGGGUCAGAAGAUGGCUCUGCAGAAGCAUCUGGAGGCCCUGAGCGUCUUCCAGUUGGUCCUCACCUUCCUCUUCUUUGGUGCCUUCUUCUCCGUUCUCCUGGUCUACCUGCUCUUCACCUCCUACUGGUCUAUCAGCGUCCUGUAUUUCGCCUGGUGGAUCUUCGACUGGGAUACGCCAGAGAGAGGUGGGCGCCGCAGCGACUGGACAAGGCACUGGAGAGUCUGGGAGCUCCACCGGGAUUAUUUCCCCAUCAAGCUGGUGAAGACGGCCGAGCUGCCCCCGACACGGAACUACGUCCUGGGCUCCCACCCCCACGGGAUCAUCUGCACGGGGGCUUUUUCCGCCUUCUGCACCGAGGCCACAGGCUUCUCCCGCACCUUCCCUGGCCUCCGGCCCAGCCUGGCCGGCCUCGCAGGGAUGUUCCGCCUGCCCGUCUACCGGGAGUACAUUAUGAGCUCAGGGAUGGUCCCGGUUAACAAAAGGUCCCUGGACUUCCUCCUGAGCGGGCCCCCCGGGCGCGCGGUGGUCAUCGUGGUGGGGGGCGCGGCCGAGUCGCUGGACGGUGCCCCCGGAGAGCAGCGCGUCCGCCUUCACGGAAGGAGGGGAUUCGUGCGCCUGGCGCUGCAACAUGGGGCUGACCUGGUGCCCGUUUACACCUUUGGGGAGAACGACAUUUUCCGACAGAUCCGAUUCCCCGAGGGCAGCUGCGCUCGCCGCUUCCAGCUGGGUUUCAAGCAGCUGCUCGGCUUCGCCCCUUGCCUCUUCAGCGGGAGGGGCCUCUUCUCCAGCCGCUCCUGGGGGCUCCUGCCCAUGGCUGCCCCCAUCACGGUGGUGGUGGGGAAGCCUAUCCCGGUCCCGCUCCGCCCGCGCCCCACCGAGGACGAGGUGAACAGCUUCCACGCUCUCUACGUCGAGGCUCUGAAGCAGCUCUUUGACGCCCAUAAAGAAUCCUGCGGCCUUCCGGCCUCCCAGCAGCUCCUCAUCACCUAGACUAGAGGGACCAGACUUCAGCCGAAGCAGCACCGGGGGACACAAGUUGUGGGGGAGACACCAGGGGGACUUUGUCGUCGUCCCCAUCUGCGCACACCAAUAAUCAAUCAAUUAACUGGCAUGCAGAGUACAAAAGUAUAUAAGACAAAGCAUAAAACUGGAGUCUGCUUAUAGAACGGUAUUCUUUAAAAUAAAACUAAGGCAAUAAGGUUAAAAGGUGUU